AUGGGCAAGAAGCACAAAAAGCACAAGUCCGAAAAACACGGAUAUGAAGAGUACGGAGAGAGACCUCUGAAGCUGGUGCUAAAGGUUUCCGGAAACGAAGUGACAACGGGAAGUUCGAGUCUGGAAACGUUUAAAGAGGAACCGCCGGCGGACUUUGACAAACCCAAAGAGAAGAAGAAGAAAAAGAAGAAGGAUAAAGAGAGGGGCUUCGGGUCUCCGGAGGACGACAGAGGAAAGAAAAAGAUAACAAAGAAGAAGAAGGGCCAGGAAGCGGAGGAUGAUGAACGUAGCAGAACCCCGAUCCGCUCCGAGCUGGACCGGCUGGAAGAAAAGGAACAAACUCCUCUGCAGGAGGCUUUGAACCAGCUCAUCAGGCAGCUCCAAAGGAAAGAUCCCAGUGCUUUCUUCUCGUUUCCGGUGACGGACCUCAUUGCACCCGGCUACUCUUUGGUAAUCAGACAGCCGAUGGACUUCAGUACAAUAAAGGAGAAAGUAAAGAAUGAUUACUACCAGUCGUUGGACGAACUCAAGGGCGAUUUCAGGACUAUGUGCGAAAACGCCAUGAUUUACAACAAACCUGAGACGAUUUACCACAAAGCAGCAAGGAAACUGUUACACUCCGGAAUGAAGAUCUUGAACCAGGAAAGACUGGAGAGCCUGAAGCAGAGCAUAGACUUCAUGUCUGGCCUCGACCCUUCGGCCACGCUGCCGGGAAAGGCUGAGGAGCACGGGGGCACCGGCCUGGACCAGAAAGGAGAAGGAGCCUCGACCACAGGCGCCAGCGAGCGAUCCCAGACACCCAGCACACCCAGACAGGAAAAGGACUCCAAGGACGAGGCGGCCAAAGUAGAGAAAGAGCUUCAGGAAAUACGCAAGGUCAUCGCGGAGUCUGGAGGAAAGCUGUCCAACCGAGUGCUGCAGUGCGAUUUGCAGUUUGCAAGGCAAAAGCCUGAUGGCUCCACCACUAUGGCAGUUCUCAACCCGGCAGAUCCAUCAGCAGGAGAGGCCGGUUACUGUCCUGUGAAACUGGGCAUGAUGUCCAAUCGGCUGCAGAGCGGCGUGAACAGCCUGCAGGGCUUCCGGGAGGAUAAACGGAACAGGAUCACUCCAGUGUCCUACGUCAACUACGGGCCGUUCACCUCCUACGCGCCCACCUACGACUCCAGCUUCGCCAACGUCGGCAAGGAGGACUCCGACCUCGUCUACUCGCUCUACGGCGACGAGUCCGAGUCCUCGGGCUCCGACAGCUUAUCAAAGUUCCUCGCCAAAUCGGACGAGUACAUGUACAAACUGGCGGACAACGUCCUGGAUGCACUGACGAACGGCGAGCAUUCAAAAGGCCUGAAGGAAGCUGAACCGCAGGUGGAGGAGGACACGAAUACACGAGAGGACUCGGAUGACAUGGAGGUAGCGAAGCCUGAAGCGUCCAGCUGCAACAGGCUCGACCUCCUGCUCUGUGCUGCGAGACCGCAGACGGCUGAGGAGCUCUCUGGGGAGGCCCUGCUCUUCCAGAGGAAAUUGGACGAGACGACAAAGCUCCUGCGGGACUUGCAGGAGGCACAGAAAGAGCGGCUGAGCGCUAAGCAGGCCCCCAACAUGAUCUGCUUGCUGGCACCAACCGCCAAGGAGCUGGAGCUGGCGGAGAAGGUGACUGGGAACUUGGCCGAGUUGACGGGUCAGGUGGCCCCGUGUGACGUCAGCAGUGUCUAUGGCAUCAGGAAGGCAAUGGGCAUCGCUGCUCCUCCAGAGCCCCCGGGGCCCUUCAUUGACCUCACCACAGUCCAGGAGGCGGCUGAACCCAUGGAGUCCUCGUCCGGGUGUCAAGAUCCAGCUCCAGUCAUCACUGUAUGAUGAAAUAUCUUACCACCUUUACAGUUUCAUAAGUUAAGUUUUUUUGUAUGAACGGUGCUUUUUGUGUGACAUUUGUAAGCAUUUCAGUCAUUAAACCUCUUUUUUUAUAUAAA